AUGGCGGCUCCAGCGGCAUCAGAAGAUCAUCUCUCAGAAUCUAUUAGUCUAACUGAAGGUAGUUUUCAUUCCCUUCCAACAGCUUAUGCCUCUAUGUCUGAUGCCUCUUCUGCCUUUGAUGAUGAAAGCAAUUGUUACUUGCCUACUUCCUUUUAUACCAUUUCUGAAUCUCCUCCUCCCAAAGAUAUGUUGGGAGAAUGUGUUGGAUUAGGUAGAUCCAUAGGAGGUUUUCGUGUCAUAAUUUCCUCCUUUGAUGAGUCUGUUAGUCUGGAAAAGCUCCAUAGAAAUAGGCUUGGAGUUUACUGUAAAAAGUUCAAGAAAACUAGGAAGCAGAGAUCAUCCUUGGAUCUGUCAGAUUCAUUAUCUCCAGGUGAAGAUUUAGAACAACUGUCAAGUGACACAGAUGGGUGGUUUAUGACCAUUAGAAAGAUGGUCUCUGAGUCUGAUCUUCUAGCCUUUUAUCAAUCUGCAAGAAGGACCAGGAAAUUCAGCAAGAAGUUCAAGACCAGAAGUGCAAGAGUUGGCCAGCCAUUGCCACCAAAGAGCCAGUUUCCACCAGCAUGGAUUAUGAGGGUGGAUAGCGAUUGCUCUUGGGAGUCUGAGUCUGAGUCAUCUACCACUUCCAAGAAGAGAGCUUCUGAGGAUUCACUGGAGGAAAACAUCAGGCCAACCAAGAAACAGAUUCUUCCAACUCCUACUCAAGGUGUUAAUGCUGACUAG